AUGGCGUACUCCACUGUGCAGAGGGUGGCCCUGGCCUCGGGGCUCGUCCUGGCUGUGUCGCUGCUGCUGCCCAAAGCCUUCCUAUCCCGCGGAAAGCGGCAGGAGCCGCCGCCGGUGCCGGAAGGAAAGUUGGGUCGAUUUCCCCCUAUGAUGCAUCAUCACCAGCCACCCACAGAUGGCCAGACCCCUGGUGUUCGUUUCCAGAGGUCUCACCUUGCAGAGGCAUUUGCAAAGGCCAAAGGAUCAGGUGGAGGCACUGGAGGAGGAGGAAGCGGAAGAGGCCUGAUGGGACAGAUUAUUCCAAUCUAUGGUUUUGGGAUUUUUUUAUACAUACUGUAUAUUCUAUUUAAGCUUUCAAAGGGGAAAUCUACUGCAGAGGAUCGGAAAUGCUCUACUGCCGCAGCUGGAAACACCCACAGGACAAUUACCAAUUUUGAGCUUGUUCACCUGCAAGAAAAACUGAAGGAGACAGAGGAAGCCAUGGAAAAACUAAUCAACAGAGUGGGACCUAAUGGUGAAAGAGCACAGACUGUGACUUCUGACCAAGAAAAACGGUUGCUGCAUCAGCUCCGAGAAAUCACCAGGGUCAUAAAAGAAGGAAAAUUCACUGACAGACCCACUCCAGAGAAAGAAGCUGAAGAGGCCCCUUACAUGGAAGACUGGGAAGGUUACCCUGAAGAGACUUACCCAAUUUAUGACCUUUCAGAUUGCAUCAAGCAUAGGCAAGAAACAAUCCUGGUGGAUUACCCAGACCCCAAAGAGCCCUCUGCUGAAGAACUAGCUGAAAGAAUCGGAGUGCUAGAAGGUGAAGAAUCAGACCAUUUGGGCUGGGAAAUGCCCACUGACCCCAGAGCCCAGGAAGAGAAUUCUGUUACCUCAUGUGACCCAAAGCCACAAACCUGCUCCUGCUGCUUUCAUGAAGAAGAGGAUCCUGCGGUCUUGGCAGAGAAUGCUGGAUUCAGUGCGGACACUUACACUGAGCAAGAGGAAACCACCAAAGAAGUCUGGCCUCAAGACUUCAGAGAUGGCGGCUUGGGCAUCAGCCCUGAUAAAGUGCAUACAGGUGGCACGCUGAGGAAGCGGAACCCCCAGAGUUUUGAGUUGAAAACAGCUGAUUUGGGGAAGUAUCCAUUACUCUAGUGCCAAGGUGACCUUUCUAUCCUGUCUCAGUUUUCAUCCUUGGCCCUGUGCCCUAAACUUCAUUCUGUAUUUAAAUAUCCUAGCUAAUCAGGCCACUACCAUGGAUAUCAUGUAUCCUUCCUGGUGCUCACACACCUGUCACCUUGUAAAACACCACAGCAAUUAGUAGAAACACAGUACAGCUUCACUCUUUCCCACCAUGCCUCUCCACCAGAGAGCUGAUCCACUGAGUAAUUAUGUUUGAUCUGUUGUGCACUCAGGGGCAGAGGUCUGACUCUUCGAGCUGGGAGUACCAGAUGGUGUACCUAUGAACAGACAUCAGUUUACACAUGAUGAGGACCUAAGGCUGCAGAAGUGAGGAUUAGAGAGUCCAGGAUGCCUUACUCUGUGGGCCUUGAGCAGGUUCGUGGUCCUCUGGGUUUAAGAAGAGAACAUUUUCUUAGAGGGUAUGAUGGGGCCAGAGCAGGGGAAGACUGCUGUGCGAACUGAAGCCCCUUCCUCACAGUGGGGGCCUUUUUAGGAGCACUGUUGCUGCCUCAGAUGCCUGCUUUUCCCCAGAGUAGCAGAAGGCUCCCAGCGCCCUGUGAAUGAGUGCAGCGAUCAGCUGAGGGACUGUUACUCUGCUGCUGCUGGGUCUCUCACUUCCUUUAUCCCUGUUCUGUUUCACAGAACUGCCAGCCCAGAAGCAUCUUUGUACCUCUGGCCUUCAGUGGCCAGAGGAAGCUUUAAAUAGAGACUUUAAUCUCUGUCCUGCAGAGCCAAGGUUGGAGGCUGGUGAGGCUACACAAAAACCUGCAUAAGGGCGGUGGUCCUCCUCGAGAUGCCCAGGCUGGAGAGCCGAGGGUAGGGAGCGAACCCAUGUACUUAAGGACAGUCCCUGUCUAGAAGCUAUUUCUAAAUGUUGUGCCCUCUGGGAAAUUUGUUCUUACCGAGGACUGAACUUAUAGACAAAGUGCCAACCUGAAAGGAAAGUUGCAGUGUGUGUCUGCUGCAGAGAACGUAUAGCAGUGCCCAGGGGAAGAGACUAUUCUAUAUUCAGGUAUCUGGGUCUUUUGAGAAAGCUGGGAAAAGGAGGAGGUAGGUCAAGACUAGGAGGAUUUUGACGAAACUAAAGACCUAAUCUCUAAGGUGCACUUGUCACAUGUCUUGAGGUAAGAUGGCCCCCAUGUAUCCUGUCUAGUAAGGAUGAGUAAAUUCAGUUUAGAUGUAGGACCUGAGAGUUUAAAGAGGACACAUUCCCGAGAACAUUCCUUGGCAUGGAAUGUGGAAGACUUGAAAACUAAGAAAUGAUGUAAAGGUUGAAAGGGCUUUUGGAGUUCCAUUGUUCCUGGCCAACUAAAAUGCCAGAAAAAAAUAGUUGAAAUCAAACAUAUAAGCAUAUAGACUGCUAUCAGAAAGUUAUGGGAUAUUUAGAUAAUAUGUCAGCUACUACUAAGCAUUUCUUAUUAAUGAAAUUAACAUUUCUUGUUACAGAGAAGUCAUUGAAGAUUGAGUCUGUAGGAAAGUAUACUGCAUCCAUCUGUGUGUGGAACCUUUGAUUCACUUUCAAGAGUGUAGUUUAAAAUGUACGAGAAGUGGUCUAGAUGUAAUGCUCACGGUAAACAAAAGAACGUACGUGCUCUCUACUGUUUCGAUAAAUCAUUUUCCCCGUUCUUUCCCCUUUUUCACCAUGAGCAGUUGAUUUAUAAAGAGUCCUGGGUCCCUGGUUCCUUCUUUUCUGCCUCCGUAUAUAUGGUUCCCUUAUUAGAGAUGCUUGUUUCUUUCCAGCUUAUUCAUUCAUUUAUUCAUUUAGCAGACACUGCCCAGAGCUGGGGAGUAGGAACAGAGCCUUAGUUCCUACCUUUAAGAAACAAAGUUUAGAAUGGGAACCUUGCCCAGUUUUUUAAAAUGAAUGAUUAACAAUAAAAGGGUUCAAGAUUAUGAAUUCUGUAGGCAGAGAAAUACUGGUCAUGAUUCCAUCCCUGCCUAUUCUGAGUCUUGGCUUUCUCCUGACACAGGGGAGUCGAAGUCCAGCUCUCCCAGGGUGAGUAGGAGAAUUAUAUGUGAAUCAUCAGUGCAUUUAAAACCACACUGGCCCUCCCAUCUUCUCCAUGCUAACCACUCACUAGGUGGUAGCUAACUUACUUUUAUUGUAUAAGGUUUUAUGCUGUAAUUGAGACAUGGAUCCAAAUCUGCAGAAACACAGAGAUCAUUUUUGCCAAAGUACUUCCAAGAAGCUUUACUGCAGAGCUGGAUCUUCGGGCAUGCUAAGACUUCUCCAGCGGCCAACAAAGAGAACGGUCAUUCUUGGCAGAGUGGUGUUGGACAAAACAGUGACAAGUGCAGAAGUAUGUGCAUGUUCAGGCAUUUUUAUGAGGCUGGUAUGUAAGUUGUCGUGUAACCAACUCUAUAUUUUGAAUAUUAAUCUUUGGGGGAAAUUGGCUUAUGAAACCAUCUCCUGCCAGAAGUACUAAGAGUUCAUGGAAGUUCCUGCUGCCCACAACUCUUGGUUGGCUUAUACAGCUGGGAUAUAUUAACAUACUUAUGUUUUAGAAAUUUGAUGUAUUUGGUCAUUCACAUUAGUACUUUUUGGAUUUCCCAGAAUUAUUUUAUCCUUCAUGGAUGACAAUUACGUGUAUAUACAACCCAGGAUGACCAAAAUCAUAGGACUGGCUUUUGUUGUCAUAUGUGCUCUUUCCUUAUGGUCUUCACUUCUCAGAACUGGCCUGGGCUGUGAACUUGAUCAGACCCGAGUUACUAGGUCCUCAGUGCCCUUAGAGCAUUGUGGCACAGAGCAUGAAGUCCUAGCUCUGGGGAUGGAUAAAUGGCCUAGGAAACAAGGGCAUCACCUGGGACCAUGCUUGGCUAAGUCAGGUGGGUGAGCCAGUCAGGAGAGCACCUUUCCUGGUCCGAGGAGGAGCACAAGGAAAGUGCCUUGUGAGUUCCAGGACUAGCAGUGCACAUGCUCUAAAAAAAUACUAGGCCCAGGAAGGAAAGCAUGUUGAAGAAUGGAGGCAUAUUUGACCUUUAGAAGAGAUGGCUUACGAGAACCACUCUCUCUGUGUCUGCUAUGGCUCGGGUGAUCAGAUAACUCAUGGUCCAAACUAAGACACCCCGAAAAAAGGGAGCUUGAAUUAGAAUGAUGCCAGGACAACAGGUAUAAACUGGGACUGCCCUGGACCUAUGGUCACCUUGACUGUGGCUGUUUAAAAGAUUUGUCUUUCAUCUGACCACUAACCAAUAAAAACCUCUGGUUAGAACCUGCAUCUGCUGUUUCCCACGGAGCCAAGGAGCUGGGCUGUGGUUUUUUCAACGUCUUGGCCACCUAAAAACUCCAAAUCUAGGGUAAAAAAAAAUAAACCAGCUCUAUUUACUUUUGUCCUAAGAACCAGGCCCCUAGGGGCAUACUGAGGAACCAAACCAUACCUGCUCACAGAGAACUACUCUAACCAAAGUCUCUUCUAUCCAGCCCUUCCCAGCCUUAAAUAUGACAAGCUCGGCCACAGGGAAGACAGCGGUAGUUUUUCCAAACCAGCUGUGAGCCCUUCCUACCCACCCCCCACCCCCAGGCUCUCAGGACAAAUGGAAUGAAUGGUAUAGGAAAACACUUGUAGGUAAGAAAUGUUUUUUCCCCUUUUAUAGGAAAAAAGUACACAGUAGUGUUGAAACAGUUCAAGUUUAA